ACAGCGGUGUCCCCGAGGCAGCCAUCUGCAUGGUCACCACCGCAGCCAUUGAUGUCCAUCGCCCCAACAUCUCUUCUGACCUCUUCACAGUGGAGGUGCCGAUGCGGCUGGGUAGCACUGGGACAUCCGCCAGCAUCACCUCAGGCAGCGCCUCGCAGUCCACUGUCAGCUCAGGCACCCAGGCCUGCAGCGAGAGCAGCCAGACACUGGGCUCCUCCCCCGACUGCAGCACCACCUGCGAGGAUGCCGCAGAGCCUGGCACUGGCCUACGGGCCACCCUUGCACCCACCCGGGUGCAGGAGCUGCUGUCAUCCCUGUCCGAAGAGGCCUGCCUGGCGCAGAAGGGGCUGGAUCCUGUCAACCUGAAGCUGCCCAGCCCUGCGGGCUCAGUGGUGGCCAGCCCUGGCCUGGGCCACCGGCUCAGUGUCUACAACCGCAGGAAUCAGGAGAGCCUCGAUGUCUUCCCGCUCAAGCCGCUCAUCCACUGCCCGCAGGCUGCCCCAGUGAUCGAUGAGAAGUAUGGGGCACUGGGGCCCCCAGAGCCACAGCUGGGACGGGUUCCUGAGGCAUAG